GCGGCGUUUCCAAAUAUGUGCGUCACGUUCCGGUUGAAACCACGAGUUGCUGUGUAGUGUGUUGUGUCUGCUUGUAUAGUGCAGGUGGUGAGCUUAUCUAGCACGAAGAACAAGGUGUACAAGUCUUUAUGCAGUUAGUCAAUUUAUAACACUAAGGGAAACAAAUGAAGUGUUACUAUGAAUUAUUAGGUGUCCCACAAAAUGUUGAAGCGACUGAUCUCAAGAAGGCUUAUUACAAAUUAUCACUACAAUGGCAUCCGGACAAGAAUACAAAAGAGGAUACAACGAUAAUAUUUCAAGAGAUUCAGGAAGCCUACAAAGUUUUAUCUGAUCCUCAUGAACGUGCUUGGUAUGAUAAACAUCGGGCACAAAUUUUACAAAGAGAUGGUUGUGCUAGUCAAAUGGGUGGAACAUCAAACUAUCAGGAGGAUCGAGUUGAUGUUUUUCAAUACUUUACACGAUCUUGUUUUGAAAAAUUUGACGAUGGUCCAAAGGGAUUUUAUACUGUCUAUGGGAAGGUGUUUGCAGAUAUUGCUAAAGAAGAGAAACAUGCAGCUGCUUUUUCAGGACACGUUAUUUCCUCGAGUGAAAGUGAUACUGAUGACAAUGACGAUGGAAGUUGUGGAAGUAAACCACGAAGUUAUCCACCUUUUGGUGUUUCAUCCAGUUCAUACACAGAAGUUGUUGCUCCAUUCUACUUAUUUUGGGAAACAUUUGAAACAAAGAAAACGUAUACAUGGGUAGAGAAGUAUGAUACAAGGUGUGCAGAUUCACGUCAAGAACGUCGUGCUAUGGAAGCAGAAAAUAGUCGACUACGCAUGGCUGCUAUACGCAAACGAAAUGAAGAAAUACACCAGCUGGUAGCCUACGUGAAAAAAAGGGAUAAACGCGUUUUAGCCGAGAAAGAACGUAUUCAACGUGCAACUGAAGCGGCUAAAGCUCGUACCCAAUCAAUGGCUGUAAAGGCAAGACAGCGGGAAGCAGCACAAUUAGCUGAAGCAUGGAAUGAUGAAAUGGCAUUCGGUGGGAUUGCUUCUCAAUGGUCUGAACAAUUCGAGGCUGAAUUAGCCCGUAUGGAAGCUGAACUUGAUGGUACAGUACAAAAGAACUCCAGGAGCAAACAACAUUGCGAUGAUGGUGAUAAUCCACGCGAACCUGAAGAUGUCGAUGAGAAUGCCGGAGACUCUGUAGACACCGCUGGCAGUGAUAAUGAUGAGGAGUCAAAUGAAAUUGAUGAAUUGUAUUGUAUAGCUUGUGAUAAACUAUUCGCUUCACUAAAGGCUAAACAAAAUCAUGAAUCCUCAAAAAAGCAUAGAAAACAAUUAGAACUGUUACGUAAAGUGAUUAGUGAAGAAGAUAGUGUUCUGCAGGAACAUUUAAAUUCAGUAAUAAAACUUGAAAAUCUUCGUUUAAAUGAUAAUAAUGAUGAUGAUGCAGAUGCAGAUGGCUUGUCAACAAGUCAACAGCCUACAGUUAAACUGACAAAACGCGCUAAGAAAGCAGAACGUAAAAGGAAGAAAGAAGCAGAAGCAGAGAAGUCUUCAGUGGUCAAUAUAAAUGAAGCAAGUCAUACUGUCGGUGAAGAGACGGUGGAAGUGAUUGACAGUACUGAGUCUGUGGAUAAUGCCGACAACAGUGAAUCAGAUGCAGUUACCAAGGUACCAGUACUGAAUAAUCCAACUAGUCAUCCUGAUGACAAUACAACACCUCUUCCAAAUACCAUCGUCAACCAAUCGGCAAAGGAGUCUAGAAAGUUGAAAUCCACUUCUUCAAAAGUCAGCAGUACUAUCUGUGAUAUAUGCUCUGUAGAUUUUAAUUCAAGAAAUGCACUUUUCAAUCAUCUUCGUGAAUCUGGACAUGCAAGAUUGAAAUCCACUGUCAAUACUGUACAGAAUUCAAAUGAUGAAAGUAAGAAAACAAAGUGUAAGGGAAAAUCAAAGCAUAAACAUUGACUAACGAUAAUGCUGCAUGCCUUCGUUGUAAUUAAUUAACUAUUUCAUUAAGCGAAUAAUUUUUGUGAGUGGAUGAAUUUGUAUAUAUUGAUCACCUAGC